UUUCCUAUUUCAGGUUGUAGCCUAUGCAUGAUGUUUGGCGAAAGUAACCCAUUUUAAAGAUAUUAGAAUCGGAUUUCAGUAACCGCAAAUUUAAAGUACGUCAUUAAUAUGGCGCCAAAAGAGUUUAAAGCGUGAGUUUAUUAUUUGUUAUAAGGUUGUGCACCCGCCAGUGCAAUCGCACAAGAGAGAGAAGAACACGAGCGGGCAAAGCGGGAGCGAAUGAGCAGGCUACAUGUUUUUAGGCGGAACGUUGCCAAACUAGCUAGCAGGCGAUAUGUAUUUAGGCGGAACGUUGCCAAACUAGCCAGCUUGCAAUCUUUCAUUAAUCAUUCUUUGAAAAUUAGGCAUCUUCUUUUUUCUACUGGAUCUGAGGAAAACAUACUCACAUGACAAAUCGGGACCUGGGGGAUACCACAUUGGAUUUGGACUAUUUUCGAAAUGCGACAUGGCUUUCAAAAUUAUAUUUGUUAGCUUACCUUGCUGUACCAUAGCUAGCGUACAGUAGAACUGACUUACUGGCUGCGGCUAUCUUGCAAGCUAACGUUAGCUAGCUAGCUCGAGAAUUUGGAUUUAAGGAUGACACUCCUAAAGUCAGCUAAAUGUAGCUAACUGUAUUUAGCUGAUAACUGCGAAGGCGGAUGUCGCAGGUUUGUUGAAUAUUAUAUUAUGCUGUCGGAUAGACUAUCAUGGAGUAAAUUUGUUAAUUGGUACUUUUUAUUUGGACUCUUGGGAGAGCAUCUGACGUGCUGUCACCACCAUACAGCCUCGCAGGCAUAGUCGUGUCACCAACGUGGAUAGCUAGGGAGUCGAGGACGUUUCACCACCCGACACUGACUGCAAUCAAGAUAAAAAGAUGGAGAGCGAGACGAAGAGGAGAAAAUACUCCACCAGUAGCAAUGACUCGGACACCACUGGCAGUCAAGUGACCUCCUGGUCCAAGUCCUCCAAGAACACAGGGACCAGCAGCACCUGGGUCAGACAGGAGCACAAUAAACCCUCUGAGGUGUUCCGGACGGACUUCAUCACAGCCAUGAAGCUGCCAGACUCGGCCCAGCUGGGCCCCGAUGACUUCUACGUUCUGUCAGACCCCUGGAGACAGGAAUGGGAGAAGGGGGUCCAGGUCCCUGCCAGUGUAGACGCCAUCCCAGAACCUGUCGUCAGGAUGCUACCAGAGGUGGGGCGUAUGCCGUUCUACUGGCCAGGGCAGGGCCGGGGGUGUGAGCUGGGCCUGGGUCUGGGCCAGGGGGACAUGAAGACCACCAAUGAGCCCCACAGCCGCUAUGACCUGGAUGACAUAGACGUGUCCUGGCUGAAGCUGGUUAACCUGGAGUUCAGAGAACUUGCGCUGCCGGAGCUGGACGAGCUGACCAUGGAGCGUGUGUUGGUGGAGCUGGAGAGCCAGUGUGAGGAGAACAUGCAGCAGGCCAUCGAGACGGAGGAGGGCCUGGGCAUCGAGUACGACGAAGACGUGGUGUGUGACGUGUGUCGAUCCCCAGAGGGAGAGGACGGCAACGAGAUGGUCUUCUGUGACAAGUGCAACAUCUGCGUACAUCAGGCGUGUUAUGGGAUCCUGAAGGUCCCACAGGGGAACUGGCUGUGCCGAACCUGUGCCCUAGGGGUGCAACCCAAAUGCCUGCUGUGCCCCAAGAGAGGCGGAGCCCUGAAGCCCACCCGCAGUGGAACCAAGUGGGUCCAUGUCAGCUGUGCCUUAUGGAUCCCCGAGGUGAGUAUAGGCUGUCCGGAGAAGAUGGAGCCCAUUACUAAGGUGUCCCACAUUCCCGCCAGCCGUUGGGCCCUGUCCUGCAGCCUGUGUCGAGAACACACGGGCACCUGCAUACAGUGCUCCAUGCCCUCCUGUAUUGUGGCCUUCCAUGUGACCUGCUCCUUUGACCAUGGCCUGGAGAUGCGUACCAUCCUGGCCGAGAAUGACGAGGUGCGCUUCAAAUCAUACUGUCUGGAGCACAGCAGCACUACCGGCAACUGUAACCACGCUGCCGCCGGCAAUAUUAACCACACCAACACCAUGACCGGCAACAGUAACCACACCAACGGCAACCACUGCGCUGGUGCCAGCAGCAAAACGGACUGGGCCGGUCUCGGCAACGAGCACAGAGCCACCGCCGUGCCGGAACACCACCAAGCGACCAGCGAGCUGCCACCUGUGGAGCGUCCAGACAGGGACCAGAUAGAGAGGGAGAAGGCCAGCCAGCGCAAACAGAAACUACAGGAGCUGGAGGACGAGUUCUACCGCCUGGUGGACCCCAAGGACGUGGCGGAGAGCCUGGGCCUGCCGGACGCCCACGUGGACUUCCUGUACCAGUUCUGGAAGCUGAGGAGGAAGUCCAACUUCAACCGUCCACUGGUGACGCUGAAGAGAGACGAGAUAGAUAACCUGGCUCAGCAGGAGCAGGACGUGCUGUACCGACGCCUCAAAUUGUUCACACACCUACGCCAGGACCUAGAGAGGGUGAGGAACCUGUGCUACAUGGUGACGCGGCGGGAGAAGAUGAAGAGUUCUCUGUGUGACCUCCAGGAGAAGAUCUUCCACCUGCAGAUCCAACUGUUGGAGGAGGACCUAGCUGGAGAGAAAACCAUGAAGGGGCAGAAGGGAAAGCAGAACGGGGUGAAGGAGAGGGGGAAGGAGCGGCGGAAAAGCAGUCCAGAGAAGAAGAAAGAGAGGUGGAACUGUGAGAAUGGUUCCCUCCUGAAACAGCUAGGUUUCCCCAAGACCUUCCCUCUGGACAACUCCCUGUUUGACAGCUGGCUUGCCCAGUCAGUGCAGAUCACGGCUGACGACAUGCUGAGCCAGUGGGCCCUGGACGCCGGGCAGCACCGUGACAAGACAGCCAGCCUGCUGUCUGACCAGCUGCUGCAGGGAGAGGAGAGCCUGCUCAGCCUUAUGAUGGACCACUCCAUGAAGUCCACCUGGAAGACCCCUCAGCUGGGCCGCAAGAUACGGGGCAAGCCCCGAACCCGGGGCCACCACUCCACCACCAACACCGCCGCAGCAACCACCGAAACCCCCCCUGCUGCUGCAGCCACCGCCGCCUCCACAGCCAAGGGGGCUCUUCUGGCAGAGGAGAGACCAGGCCACGGGGCUCGUAGAGGGGAGAGGUCCCGGGGCAGCAAGGCCCUCCACCACCACCACCCCCAGACCAGGAGCACUGAGGCCCCACUGGACCCGCCACUGCAGCCGCCCACCUCCAAAAUGUACUCCUGUCACAUCUCAGAGGAGCGUGGCUGCUGGGACAGCCUCACGGGUACUGGGGUAGCGUCUGCCCCCCUGGCCUCCUGUUGCCCCCCAUGCAGUAGUCCUGGGACAGUGCCUGAGGGAGGGUUAGGGGGGGGUCCCGGACCCCGCACGGCCCUGCGCCUCCGCCUGCACCGGCAGGGAAAGUCCCGGGGGAAGGGUGGGGGUGGAGGGUUGCAGGAAGCUGUGGAGCGCCCCCUGGAAAGGGAGAGAGAGAGGGACCCUCACCCCGUCUCCCACCCAGUGAAGGAGACGUCAUCAUCGUCGCUGCUGGACCCCGAGACAGACGGCUACUUCUCUGACGCCGAGCAGAGCGACUCGGACACGCGCUCCAGCGGCCGCAAGCUUCGUCUGGCUCAGUUGCAUUCUGGGAGCGAGGACCUGCUGAGGAGGAGCGUGCUGGCUUUGUAGAAAAAACAGACGCACACACACACACCAUCGACCAGAACACACACUGUUUUCUCAGACUGACUGGAGCUCCAUCCAAGCUCCCGCUGCCACAGCUUCUGUGCUCUUGAUAUUAAACAUGCAGUUAUUUUCUUUCUAGAUCGCUUUAAUGAACCAAAUCUCUGUACAUCACUAGUCAUAAAUCAGUCUAUCUGCUCUGUUCUGGGGAUUUUAAUGUAGCUGCUGCAUAGUUAAACAAUGAGACCCUAGAUGUUAGUAGUUAAAGUAACAAAGGCUGUAUGAUGAUGUAAGAAGACAAGGAGGAAAUGGAUUUGGACUACAUUACAUUUAGGUUUUGUUUGGUUUAGAUGUUGAAGUAUAUCAUGGUGGUAAACCAUGUCAUCAAUCCUUUCUAGCAGCGUGUGGUCAGUGGUAACUAACCACAAGAGUUGGGGUGAAUACUUUGUGGGCAUUAUAAUCUAGUUCAGGUGAAUCACUUAUUUUCUCUUGACCUAAGAUGAAUCCCUUGAUGAGAUCCCUGGGAUAGGAUGUUUAAAAAGCCUUUCAGUUUAGAAUCAGACCCAGAACACAGCUAAUGGGCUAACCCUUCAGUCUGAGAAAUGUACAGAAAAUAUCACACAAAUAUUAGCCUUUAAAAGCACAAAUAGCUAACAGGAACUGUAAUACAAACAUUGUGCAUAAACACUCGCACAGAUACACACAUUACACAAACACACACAUGAUUACAUUCUCAAAGCUACUCCCUCUGCAUUCAGCCAUUGUUGUAACAUAUUGUUUGAGAAUUACGUCAGCUCUUCACUGACACUGCCUCCUCUUCCGUUUGAAUCAUUGGAGAAACAAUAUUUUACUAAUCGUGUGCCUUCUGUCGCUCCCCCAAAAUGAGUUUAUCAAUCAAUCAAUCACUUCUAUAAUCUGAUUUGUUACAAUCAAAAAAGGAAAACCUGUUGUAUUGGUAAUCAAGCGUACCGAAACAGAUUACCUUAAUUGUAGUGCCUAAAAAAAGGAUGUAAAUACAGCUUUUGUCAUUAAUCAACCCAACCACACGCAAAGCCACACAGAUACACAAUUCUACCAUAUUUGUGCAAAGUGCUGCCCCAACAAAGCAACUUCUGGAGUCAUUGUUGCUCCCGUCAGACGAAUGGUAUAAUCAGCUACAGUACAGACUCCUGGAUUCGGACUUAUUUUUUUAGUUCUUUGUACAUUUGUUUUAACUCUUGUUUUUUCGUCUCAGAGAGUUGAAUUUUAUACUUAAAGCGGUCCAUGGUAUUUUCUCAGGGUUUAAAAAAAUCGAAGAAGACAUAAGAAGGGUUGAAAAUGUAUUGAAAUCAAAGUUAAACCGUAAAUAUUUUAUACAUAUAAGUAUGUAUAGAAAAAGUUCCUUUGGCAAAGCUUCACUGUUUGACCUGACUACUACUAUACUGAGAGCUUUUCUCCUGUCUCAAUCAGUACACUACUACUGCUACUAAUACUACCCACCUGGCUGUCUCCUGAGUUGAUGAUGCCAAAGAACAGUGUAAAACAGACUGGGCAGCAUGCACUCACUCAGGAUGCGUCCCAAAUGGCACCCUAUUCCCUAUAUAGUGCAUAUGGUACCAUUUGGGACACGACCUCAGUCUCCGGUGUCAUGAUGGGAUCCGCUAAAGGACAUGAAGACGGAACUCUACCUAAUGCCAGCAGCGCUGUUCUAGUCGAUUCAUUUGGGAGCUCCGCAUUGCUCAGGCCUGCGCUGGCAUGGUGUGACUGGGUUUUAACACCCACCACCACUAUUCCACCUUGAACCCUCCCAUUCCCUGCUCCCUUAAGGGUGUUACUUACUGGCCCGCUGUGCCACUGACCUACUCUGGAUGGAGUGUCCCAGUUCCCCCCCGCCCCCAACCUGGGGAAGGGUUGAAUGCUGCUGAACCGUGUAGGUGGCUGAUGGUUCAGAGCCCACUGACACCCCCAGUGCUGUUAUAACAGGGUUGGAAUGUAGGAGAUGACUAGAUUUUUAUGUUUGUUGUCCGGUCCCAGAUGGGACACACAUAUUCAGGAUGAAACCCCUUAAAACAGCGUAUUGGUCAGUUGGCUCUGUCUGUCUGUCUGUAGCCAGUCUGGUUACUUCCUUUGGCCACUUCCUUUCCAUCCACCGUAACCCUUGGAGACAGACCAUUACAACCAUAGAAAUAGAAUGAGUAGAAGAUUCUAUUCAUUCAUAUUCUACGAUUACAACAUAUACAAUAACAACAACCAUGCUUAUUGUUGUCUGCAGAUAGGUCGUCUGGGUGGAUGAAUGGGGUUAGCACUAUAGUAGCCCCACAGAAUCCACCCAACCACCUAGUUGUUUACGUGUUGCUAAGACGAUGAAAUGUAAACUUGGUUUCAAUAUUCAAUAUAUACACCAAUUUAGACUAGACAGUGUUUUAGACGGAGCGCUUCAUGUACGGCCCCUAACGUAGUAGAAACAGGUUGUUAUUAUUGGAGUGGGGCAUCUACGUCCUCAGCCUCCGCUUCCUCUUAGAAACAGUAAGCUGGCGUUUUAGUGAGGUGGUGAGGCCUUUUAGUCCAGCAGGCAGCAGGUGACUGCACUUUUCAUACAGAGUAUAGAUGGAUGGAUAGAUGGUAUUAUAUCCUGGAUGGAUAUAUUAUCCUACAGAGUAUGUAUGUAUGGAUGGUAUUGCUAUUAUCCUCCUCAAGCAGAGUUUCUUUGCCCCAUUCCUGAGGACCCACAGGGUUGCAUGUUUUAUUCCAGCCCACCCUAACACACCUGAUUCAGCGAAUCAAAUUGAUGAUCAGUUGAAUUUAGGGUGUGUUGGCGCUGGGCUGGAACAAAACGUACAUUCGGGCGGUGGGUCCCCUGGAAUAGGGUUGAGAAAAGCUGCUUUGGUGUAGCUGUGGAUGAAUGUCCUAGUGCUGUCUCCGUACCACCUAGGAACUGCUGCUGCUGUUGUCGUUUGUAGCGUGAAAAGGCCAUCAGCACACAAACAGAACACAACAACGAAGACGUCAUUGAAAAGGAUCUCCUCUUCUGUGUUAGCUGCUUCCUCCCAUAGGGAACUGGUUCAAGGCUGUAGUAGUUUGACUGCCGUUUACCUAUCUGGUUUUUGUAUGCACCAACAAUAAUGUAUAAUACUGUACUAGAGACCUUUUUGUUUCCUUGUUAAAAGCCUUCGCAAGCUGUUUUUGUAACGCUUCUGCCGCGGCUCAUUUAGCUAGAACGCUGACUCAUAAUCAGACCAAUAGCUUCCUUACUGGCGCUUUAGUUCCCCAACCGUCGACUGACUGCUUCCACACAGUGAAGUAUGGUUCCCAUCCAACACCCACCCCACAGACCAGCGCUCUGUCUCACUCCCCUCCCCUGCUUCAGUGUUCCGCCGGCCCGCCUCCACUUCUUCAUUGUUUUGAAGCACAGCAGGAUCAAAGGAACAAGCUUUAAGGUCAAAUAAUGACGUGCAUGUGUAGUGGAGAGAGCGUUUGUCACUGCUGCUCAGAGAGAGAGAGCGAGAGAACACAGUUUGUUCUUUCCUCUUAGUGUUUGCGCCCUGUCCACACAGUGAACUCAAACUGGCAGGGAAUCUGAACAACACCCGUCUCUCUCCCUUCUUCUGUAAGGCCACAAACUCAGUGCAAACACUUCUGUUUUCACUGGAGCUACUUUUAUUUGCGUUCUCUGCUUUUGUUUUAUAGAACCAGAGAGAAAAUGAUUUGAUAACACAAAAGGGGGAAGUGCUAAUUACAGUUUAAAUGGUCAGGCCGGCUCCCCAGUGGGCUGAUAGUUUAAAUGGUCGGCUCCCCAGUGGGCUGAUAGUUCAAAUGGCCAGGCCGGCUCCCCAGUGGGCUGAUAGUUUAAAUGGCUGGCCCUUCAGUGUGCUAAUAGUUAAAAUGGCUGGCCCUUCAGUGUGCUGAUAGUUCAAAUGGCUGGCCCUUCAGUGUGCUGAUAGUUCAAAUGGCUGGCCCUUCAGUGUGCUGAUAGUUCAAAUGGCUGGCCCUUCAGUAUGCUGAUAGUUCAAAUGGCCAGGCCGGCUCCCCGGUGGGCUGAUAGUUUAAAUGGCCGGCUCCCCAGUGGGCUGAUAGUUAAAAUGGCUGGCCCUUCAGUGUGCUGAUAGUUAAAAUGGCUGGCCCUUCAGUGUGCUGAUCAGCGUGCAGCUGAAGCCUGGGAGAGACCUUUUGUUCUCUCACUUCCUCCGUGGAGAACACUCACAGGGAACUAACCACUGCUCUCUGGCAGCACAGUGGUUGGGUCUCAAAUGGUACCCUGGUCAAAAGUAGUGCACUAUCAAGAAAAUAGGAUGCCAUUUGGGAUGCACACAAGCUAUUUCUGACCAGCAGGGUCACAGAAUGUGUUGCUCUCAUUAAAACCAAUCGUUCCCCUCCAGAAGGCUCAAACCUUUUACUUUUUAAAAUCCAAUAACAUUUCAAAUGUGUGACAGAGUGCACAGGAACGUUUAUUUCGGUUUCCUGUUCAAAUUCCACAGUUCAAACAGUUGUUACCAUGUUGAUUUUGUUUGCGAUGUUCGUUCCCUGACCUUUAUUAAUGCACUUAUGAGUCCAUUUCCAGGAGAUAAGGUUUAAUAUCCAGAACCACAGCUGCUCCUCCUAAGGUUGGGCCAAUUUACCGUUAGUGUCUCUGCAACCGAGCAAAGCUCAGAUUUUUGGCAGGUUUUGUUUGUGUAACUGAUCUGGCAUCAAUUUGCUGCCUCCAAAUUCAGGCUGCAUCCCAAAUGGCACCCUAUUCUCUAUAAAGUGCACUACUUUUGACCAGGGCCCUUACGGCUCUGGUCAAUAGUAUUACACUAGGGAAUAGGGUGACAUUUGGGAUGCAAACUCAGCCUCUCUAAAUGCCUGUCCUGUAUCUCCUACUGGUCACAUCCAUCAUUUUGAUAGGAGUCAGUGAUCUCUCUUUUCAAAGCAGACUCUGACAUGGUUACUCCUCCCUCCUCCACCUGCCUUUGUUAUUUGUCCUUAAAAGGCGCUGAAAUCUCUGCUGCCGUGUACAAUUCAAUUCCUCACCCAUUUCGGCUCGAUCUGCAUCAGUUCUACAAUACGAUAAUAUGAAUGUUGCAGGAGUUUAUCCUUCUGUAUUCUUUGUUUCAAAGAAUGUUGUGCCAUUUGUUAAUAGCAAAGAUAAAUAUUGAACAUAUAUUAAAAAGAAGAGCUAUUUUAAAUUAUUUUUGGGCUUUUUUUUGCAAUAUUUAUUUUCUUGUAUUAGAAUCUUCUUUGUAGGAGGAAAAACAAAACCUGUAUUUUUCAUUAGUGCAAAAACCUAUUUUUUCCUUUUUGUACACUUUCAAUGUUAAGCAAAACGUUAUAAAGCAAUAUGAUGUUCCAUGUGACUGUAUCUGCAUGCUGUUUGUGUUGCCUUAACGAUGGCUGCGUACACUAUGACCCCACCUGUCCCCCGGCACUCUUGAGUGGUUGACCAGUGUAGUCAAUAAAGCUUUCUGUGUACCCAU